CAAAACUGCUGCCCGAGGCAGGACCGGCAGCUUCCUCUCCAGAGGGACGGCGCGGCGCAAAACUGCGCGGCGCAACGCCUCUCUCUGUCGCUCGCUCUCGCUCUCUCGGGGAGACUUCUCGUCGCCGCCGUCGCUGUCCCUUUCGUCCUCCAAGAAAAGUCGAGCGGGACGGCAGGGCUGCGUCCGGAGCGGGCCGUUGCAGCCGCUGCCGCGGAGAAAGUGGGGCGGCUGCUGCUCCUGGACUUCGGCUUCGGCGCGUCUGUGGCUUGGGGCUUGCCGCCGCCGCCGCCGCAGAGCUCCCACUUCGCCAGCAGCCAUGGGGAAAGGGCUGGAAGCCACCGCGGCUCGCUACGGGCUGGGACUGGGAUACUUACUGCAAAUGGUCGUGCUCCCCGCCUUGGCCAUCCUGAGCGCCAGCAGCCCGGGCUCGGCUGCGCAAGAUGAUGAUUUUUUUCAUGAGCUCCCAGAAACCUUCCCUUCCGAUCCGCCAGAGCCCCUUCCACACUUCCUCAUUGAGCCUGAAGAAGCCUACAUCGUAAAGAACAAGCCUGUGAACCUUUUCUGUAAAGCUAGCCCUGCUACCCAGAUAUAUUUUAAAUGCAACAGUGAAUGGGUUCACCAGAAAGACCAUGUGGUAGAUGAAAGAGUUGAUGAGACAUCUGGACUGAUUGUUCGAGAAGUAAGCAUUGAGAUUUCACGUCAGCAAGUUGAAGAACUCUUUGGACCUGAAGAUUACUGGUGUCAGUGUGUUGCCUGGAGCUCGGCAGGUACCACCAAGAGCAGGAAGGCUUAUGUUCGCAUUGCAUAUCUGCGGAAGACAUUUGAGCAGGAACCCCUGGGGAAGGAAGUCUCUCUGGAGCAGGAAGUCUUACUCCAGUGUCGCCCACCUGAAGGAAUUCCAGUGGCUGAAGUUGAGUGGUUGAAGAAUGAAGAGGUGAUUGACCCUGUUGAAGAUCGAAAUUUUUACAUCACGAUUGACCACAACCUGAUCAUAAAACAGGCGCGCCUCUCCGACACAGCCAAUUAUACUUGUGUUGCCAAAAACAUUGUGGCAAAGAGGAAGAGCACAACAGCUGCUGUCAUUGUGUAUGUCAAUGGAGGAUGGUCAACCUGGACCGAGUGGUCCGUGUGUAACAGUCGUUGCGGAAAAGGCUCUCAGAAGCGUACGAGGACCUGUACCAACCCUACGCCACUCAAUGGGGGUGCCUUCUGCGAAGGCCAGAGUUUACAGAAAAUAGCUUGUACUACCUUGUGUCCAGUGGAUGGGAGGUGGACAGCAUGGAGCAAAUGGUCCACAUGUGGGACAGAGUGUACCCACUGGCGCAGGAGGGAGUGCACGGCACCAGCACCAAAGAACGGCGGCAAAGACUGUGAGGGUCUUGUCUUGCAGUCCAAGAACUGCACAGAUGGGCUGUGUAUGCAGAGUUUCAUUUACCCUAUUUCAACUGAACAGAGAACACAGAAUGAAUAUGGAUUUUCUUCUGCUCCUGAUUCAGAUGAUGUAGCACUCUACGUUGGAAUUGUGAUCGCUGUGAUUGUGUGCCUGGCUAUUUCAGUGAUUGUUGCAUUGUUCAUCUACCGGAAGAACCACCGGGACUUUGAGUCAGACAUUAUAGACUCUUCUGCUCUAAAUGGUGGAUUUCAGCCUGUUAAUAUCAAAGCUGCGAGGCAAGACCUGCUAGCAGUGCCUCCAGAUCUCACGUCUGCCGCAGCCAUGUACAGGGGCCCAGUCUAUGCCUUGCAUGAUGUGUCUGAUAAAAUCCCAAUGACCAACUCUCCAAUUCUUGAUCCACUUCCUAACUUGAAGAUCAAAGUGUACAACAAUUCCGGUGCAGUCACUCCUCAGGAUGAUCUGUCCGACUUUUCAUCCAAACUCUCCCCACAGAUCACUCAAUCUUUGCUAGAUAAUGAAGCAUUGAACAUUAAAAACCAGAGUCUUGCACGGCAAACAGACCCAUCAUGCACUGCUUUUGGCACCUUCAACUCUCUUGGAGGUCAUCUGAUUGUACCUAAUUCAGGAGUAAGUUUGCUGAUUCCUGCAGGGGCCAUUCCCCAGGGGAGAGUCUAUGAAAUGUAUGUGACAGUUCACCGAAAGGAGAACAUGAGGCCACCUGUAGAAGACAGUCAAACCCUUCUGACACCUGUGGUGAGCUGCGGCCCUCCAGGAGCACUGCUGACUCGGCCGGUCAUUCUAACGAUGCAUCAUUGUGCAGAACCAAACACUGAGGACUGGAAGAUCCAGCUGAAGAACCAGACAGCCCAGGGACAAUGGGAGGAUGUUGUAGCAGUUGGAGAAGAAAAUUUCACCACCCCAUGCUACAUCCAACUGGAUCCAGAAGCCUGCCAUGUCCUGACAGAAACUCUCAGCACCUAUGCCUUGGUUGGACAAUCUAUCACCAAAGCAGCAGCAAAGCGUCUCAAGUUGGCUAUCUUUGGGCCGCUGAUCUGCUCAUCCUUGGAAUACAACAUCCGCGUCUACUGUUUGGAUGACACCCAAGAUGCCCUUAAGGAGGUAUUACAGCUGGAGAGGCAAAUGGGUGGACAACUCCUGGAAGAACCAAAGGCUUUGCAUUUUAAGGGUAGCACUCAUAAUCUUCGCUUAUCUAUUCAUGAUAUCACUCAUUCCCUCUGGAAGAGCAAACUGCUGGCUAAAUACCAGGAAAUUCCUUUUUACCAUAUCUGGAGUGGGUGUCAAAGAAAUCUACAUUGUACCUUCACCCUGGAAAGAUUCAGCCUGAGCACACUGGAACUGGUGUGCAAACUCUGCAUACGGCAGGUUGAAGGAGAAGGGCAAAUAUUUCAGCUCAACUGUUCAGUAUCAGAGGAACCGACUGGCAUUGAAUAUCCACUCAUGGAUCCAGCAAACACCAUCACUACCAUCGUAGGGCCCUGUGCAUUCAGCAUCCCUCUCCCAAUCCGGCAGAAGCUUUGCAGUAGCCUAGAUGCUCCUCAGACCAGAGGCCAUGACUGGAGGAUGCUGGCCCAUAAGCUAAAAUUGGACAGGUACCUCAAUUACUUUGCAACAAAAUCAAGCCCCACUGGUGUGAUCUUAGACCUUUGGGAAGCCCAGAAUUUCCCUGAUGGGAACCUGAGCAUGCUGGCCACAGUCCUUGAAGAGAUGGGAAGGCACGAGACGGUUGUUUCCUUGGCAUCAGAAGGAAAGUACUGAGGCAACCCUGGGAUGAGAAGGAAGGAAUGUUUACCAUGUUGGCUGUGACUCACGCAAACCAAGCACCCCAGACCAAUGCGUUUCAUACCCAGAGACAUUCCAGAGGGAAAAAGACACAGAAUCCUGACUUUUCACAUGCAUUCUCCUUGUACAUUAUCACAGGAUUUGAAAGAAAUCUUGCAAAGUUGUUACCUUGAUAAUGCUAACAUUCAGAUCUAACAUUC